UCUAAUACAACCACUACCAGUGGCAGGCUGUUAAACUAUUGUCAUAUCCUUAUCCUUAGUUGAAUUUGACCUAACCUGUAACCUUUGAAUCGGUCUUUAUAUUGUCUGGCCUUAAUAUGGAUAAGCAGCCAUCCCCAAUUAGCAGAGGAAAAUAAGAACUGAGGUUCAAGUCCAUCAUUAGCAGAGGCUUCCUAAUCUGGUUCUAUCAGGUUUUCUAGAGGUUAGUCUCGCUCUAACCAAAGCCAUGGCCUCCAAGCAGAUGGUGCAUAUGAACCAAGGACAAGGGGAAAGAAGUUACGCUCGCAAUUCUGGUAUUCAGAAUGCUCAGCAGAAGAGGAUGAAGCUCCUGAUAGAAAGAACAAUCAUAGACUUAUGCAGCAGUAGCAGCAGCUUGUUACCUGACAAGAUGGUGAUCGCGGACUUGGGCUGCUCCUCUGGCCCAAACGCGCUGGCACUGGUAUCGGUCGCUGUCGAGGCGAUCCAUGGAUACUGUCUUCAGUUGCAGCAGCCACCACCGGAACUGUGUGUGUUCCUCAACGACCUGCCUGACAAUGACUUCAACACGGUGGUGAAGAGCCUUGUCACGAUCCGUCGAUGCAACGGGCCUGUUGUCGUGACGGGUAUUGCACCAGGGUCGUUUUACGAGAGACUCUUCACUAGUAGCUCCGUGCAUCUUGUGUGCUCGUCCAGUAGCCUGCACUGGCUGUCAAAGGCUCCUGAAGUUCUAACGAAGAACCAGAUCCCGGCUUACUACAUUGAUGAGCAUGCUAGGCGUGAGAAGCUCCCUAUGGUCCUUGGGGCAUAUGCACAACAGUUUAGGAAGGACUUCAGACAU